AUGGCCGAUACCCUAAGUUCGCACAGUUCAGGCCUGGGUACCGGACACAACGCAGAUGCCUGGCGAGUUUUUGACUUGAGAGCCGAGAACGAGUUACGACUUGAGGUUUCCGACGACACACAGUCGACCGCACAGCUGCGCUUAUUGCGUGGCACUGCGGAAGUCCUCGGACGGGAGCUGGCGCUUCAUCAGAGCUUUGAUCUGCGGCCUGGAAGUCGUUUGGGCGUCUUCACGUGGCAUGGAUGUCGUGUCGAGGUUCGCGGAUCGUUCCAUGUGCCGCCGUAUAUUGCAGAGGAAACACCAAACCCACUUGUGAUGAACAUUCAUGCAGUGCUCCAGCGGCAACGUGAGCAAAGCUUUCGCACUGGACGCGACGGUCGCUCGAAUAAGACACCGCGGGUGGCCGUCGUGGGCCCCCAUGACAGCGGCAAGCUGACGGUGGCGGCAACUCUGGCAGCCUACGCACUGCGGCACCUCGGUGCUCGACUUGCGUGGCUAGACUUGGACCCUGGCGCUGGCUUCGGGCCGUGCAGCCGACUAACGGCGGUUCCCGGCGCCCUGGUGAUGAUGUCGCUGCAUCGGCCGCUGCUUGCGCUGGAAGAUGCGGCGGCAUUUGAACGGCCAAUCUGUUGGUACUUUGGGCAUUUCUAUCCACAUGAUAACGCCAAGUCCUAUUUGACGCUCAUUGGAGCCAUCAGACGUCAGCUGGACGCGUGGAUGACGGAAGUAGACGCAAAAGCGGCAAAAGCGGGUGAUCAGGGAGCUGACACCGAGGCACCUCUGCUCUACAACGCCGGUUGCAUUGCAGUACUGCCCGCAUGGACAGAGACUCGCGAGAGUUUCGAUCUGCUCGCCGAUGCGCUUCAUGAACUAUCACCCACUUGUGUCGUUGUUCUUGAAUCGGAACGUUUGUAUGCGCUACUCCGUCAAUCAUAUGACGAUCGGGUGAACACCGAUACGAAACAACGCGUGGAUCUCGUUCGAAUUCCCAAGAGCGGUGGCGUCGUGCCUCGGGAUACAUCCAUCCGUCGAGCAGAGCGUGCGAAGCGCUUUCGAUCCUACUUUUAUGGUCUUCACGGGGAGCUUCAUCCCCACCCGCUAUGGCUUCCGACCGCAGACAUCCUACUCUAUCGAAUCUGUGAGCGAGCGCUCGCGCCUCUGACGGCGUUACCGCUAGGCGAAACGUUUCCGGACCAAGAAUCCCUAGAAAUCGAGUUCCUUACAGAGCUUCAAGAGGAGAUGCUGCAUACGGUGGGUGCGGUGAGUCAGGCCUCAGAGCAAGAGCUGGCCGCGAGAUUACCAAACGUGAUAUCCGGGGCCUCCGCAGCGCCCCCAGCGGCCGAGGCGUCCAGCCAUAUUGACGCGCCGAGCACCGUCUGGGAGCGGCCUCACUUGGAUGAUCCGACCAUCGUUACUCGUAUGGUGGGCACUCCGGUUUUCGGUUUCGUACAGAUAACGGCGGUGGAUCGGUUUCGAGGUCGUCUGCGAAUUCUGUCCCCGUCACCGGGCAAGCUGCCAUCGAAACUACUCCAAGUCUCGACGGAUCUCCGUUGGAUCGAGUGA